AUGUCUCCCCUCCCAAUUGUCAUCUGCGCUCUGGACGAUCAAAUCGGCAAGCCGGUCUCCGAGCUCCUCCAACCCGAGUACGAAGUAAUCCACUUCAUCCAAAGCCUCGAGGCCGCCCAGUCCGAGAUCCCCCACAUCCUCGCCGGCCGGGAUCCCCAAUCCCGACACACCAACAACGUCGGAACGAAAGACUAUACUCGUCCGGCACGAGCAGUUAUCUUUGGUCGUGGUUUUGAUUUAGAAGAUAUCGAAGCACUUCGAGAGAAGGUUGCCGGGGCUUCACCAGAUCCGGUUGUUUGGAUCGCUGGUGACCCGAGCCGUAAGCCGCCUCCUGGUGCGCUUCCACCUCCUAAUUACCCGCAGCUUGUGGCUGGUGUUGCGAGGAAGCUUCUUGGUGGAUGGGUUGAGGCUGGGGGUGUGGAGGAUGAGGUUAUUUUGUAUUAG